AUGAGGAUGGCGAGCCUCCGGGUGCGACAGACGGUGAUGCUGUGGGUAUCACUGACGCGAGCGAGGAGGACGAGGGGGAAGGCGAGGCAGAGCAGGAGACGGGCCCAAAGAGGAGCAGAGCAAGAAGGAGGAGGAAGAGGAGGAGUAGGAAGAAGACGACGCAGAGCAGCACUGCCUGCGAGUGAGGAGGCGAUCUCCGCCUUCCGCCAGGAGUGCGGCAUCGAGGUGACCUUGGAGCGGGACGCUGCGGAGGCCGCGCAGCUCCUGAGGCUGGCGCCCGUGUCCGCCUUUGGGCAGCUGCGGUCGCUGGGCGUGGCCCCAGGUUUGGCAGCGGCCUCGGCUCGCACGGCGGGCAGAGGUGCCACAACAGCAGUGCAGGCUGAGUGCUGGGGGCAGCUGUUGAAGCUACGGGGUGGAGGAGGCCCGCCCCCCGCCAGCUCCUUUGCAGCGGCCCCAGUGGCCGCAGCAGCGGCCGCGGCGGCGCUGGAGCUGGCGCGGCAAAGCCCCUUGCCCGAGGACGUCUUCGAGGAGCCUGUGGAGUCCUCGAAAGGCAGCCGCUGCGAAGUUGCGGAGGGCGACCCCCCAAGCUUCAGCUUGACUCGAGUCCACAAUGUUGCGCGCUGGCCGUUGUGA